CGUAGUUGUCUAAUCGAGAAGAUUUUGUUUCAAUCCUUGAUAGUGACUCUUAUGGCUCUUAACCAUUUUACUAUUUUCACAUAUUUUACCCUUUUCUCUCUUCUGACUAUUUCUUGCUCUUGCUUCAAUCCUAAACGUCUCAACGUAUCAAAAGUUAACUCAAAUUCUGACUGGUCACCUGCUGUUGCUACUUGGUAUGGAAACCCUAAUGGCGCAGGAAGUGAUGGUGGAGCUUGUGGGUAUACUAACGCAGUAGAUCAACCACCAUUCUCCUCCCUAAUAGCGGCUGGCGGCCCUUCCCUUUUCAAAUCAGGCAAGGGCUGUGGAGCUUGUUUUCAGGUAAAGUGCAAGGGAAAUGCAGCAUGCUCAGGAAAGGCAGUGAGGGUGGUAAUAACAGAUGAGUGUCAGGGAGGACCAAGUGUAGUAGAAUCAGCUCAUUUUGAUUUGAGUGGCACUGCUUUUGGAGCCAUGGCUCUUUCAGGACAAGCUGAUCAUUUGCGUAAUGCUGGAGUUCUGCAGAUUCAGUAUAAAAGAGUGGACUGCAACUAUCCCGGAGUAUCACUGGCAUUUCACGUAGACUCAGGUUCAAAUCCCAGCUAUUUCGCAGCUCUAAUCGAGUACGAAGACGGAGACGGAGAUCUAAACAGAGUUGACCUGAAACAGGCCUUGGAUUCAGAUACAUGGCAGCCCAUGCAACAGUCGUGGGGUGCGGUGUGGAAGCUCAAUUCUGGCUCCUCCCUUGUGGCACCCUUCUCUCUCAAACUCACCGGAGAAUCCGGCCAGACUCUGGUGGCCAACGGCGUCAUUCCGGCUGGUUGGCAGCCCGGAGAAACUUACCGAUCACUUGUCAAUUUUAAAGUCUAGCUUAAUGCUAAACAAUGUGCUGCUUUAUCAGUUACUGCACAAGUCA